UCGUCGCCAGGGGGCUUCACGUGCGUCGCAGUUCGAAGAGCGGGCGAAAAUUGAAGCGAUGCGAAGUAGCGCUCGUGAGCAAUCGAAUGUGUAUACCAAAAUUGACAGGUGAAGGGGAGCAAGUAAAAUUGGUCAGCCGACAUGGACGAAGAGCGUCGCGUCUCAUCCGAAGAAAUGGACGAGAAGCGUCAAAUGCAGACGGCAUACCACUACUUGUGCCACUUGGAAGAGGCCCGGCUCUGGCUCUCCUCCUGCAUCGAAGAGGACCUCCCUUGUGCCACGGACCUCGAAGAGUCGCUUCGCAACGGUGUCUACCUCGCUCGACUCGCGAAUUUCUUCUCCCCGCACGGAGUUCCGCUGAAAAAAAUCUACGACAUCGAACAGGUGGUCUACAGCGAGCGUGGUUUGUGUUUUCGACACACGGACAACAUAAACCACUGGCUAAACGCCAUGCGGGCCGUCGGUCUGCCACAGUAUUUCUUUCCUGACGCGUUCGACCUCUACGAGAAGAAGAACCUUCCCAAGGUGAUAUAUUGUUUGCACGCUCUGAGCCUGUACUUGUUCAAACUCGGUAAAGCUCCCAAGAUGGACGAUUUGCUCGGCAAGCUCGAAUUCGCCCAGAAAGAUAUCGAGAAGGUCAGGAGGACCCUACAGUCGAACGCCGACGUUCAAAUGCCGGCGUUUAGUCAAAUUGGGGGCUUGCUUGCGCAAGAAACUUCGGCCGACGCCUCGGCAGUUAUCGCCGUGAACACUGCCAUUGAUAAGAACGAAGUGGACUUGUUGCUCGAAACGCUGGGCGCACCUACAGCGGCACUGCACGGAGUGAGACAGGAGAAUGCAGCGCGGUAUCAAGAAGUGCUGGCGAGGGCCAAGAGGCUCAAGGCAGAAAAUCAGACCAAUCGUUCGAAAGAACCAUCCUAUGUGCCAGACGUGUAUGAUCGUCUGCUAAGCCACGCCGAAAUUCAAGGUUACAUAUUGGAGACAAACGUGAACACACUCUUGGAACUUAUCGAUGCAGCCCUGGAAAAUGAGGAUGAGAAGAGGCUCCCGGAGCUGAUUCUUCAUCCUGACCUGGCCCUUCGAGACGUUGUUGCGGAGAAUGUCGAGGCUUAUUUUCAGGUUCUACGCAAGAUCCGAAGUGAAGCGGAACUGAACGGCACCCCCUUCACUCUCCUUCGGAGCGACCUCCAGGUCGCAGUGCAACUAGCCAAUGAGAAAGUCAGCGAGGAGACUCAACUCGAAAGCGCGGUCGAUGUCAUUAACGCGUGUCUCGACGGGGACUGUCCCAACGACACUCUGGAUGCCCUACGUGACCCUCUGGCGGGGUUACCUCCCCUCUAUCCUCUGGCAGCUCAACUCUACCACAACCAGCUGGCAUUCAUUCGUAAGGAGAUGGCUCAUAACCUCACGCAGGAAGAACUGAUGGGUGGCAUCGCCAUCUUGAAUGCUGUGUCUGAGAUCAACUUUGCUUUAAGGGCAAGCAGUACGUUCAACCUCGUGGAAGCUCUGAACAACCCACGUGCUCACAUUGCGGAUGUGAGGCAUGAGCUCCGGAACGAAUACGCUCGAGCUCUCUCGACGGCACUCGCAACGAAAUCCCACAGCGUUGGAUUUCUCACUCACACGGAAGUUCAGGAGGUCGUGAACAACAUCAAUGGCGAGGUUGACAAGAAAAAGAGGCACGAUCUCGCCGUCCGGCUCAUCAACGAAGCGAUAUCGCCCGAUUCGAGUGAGGCAAAUGUCGUGAAGGCGUUGCUUAACCCGUCGGCCAUGCUGCACCAUGUCAGCCGAGACCACGGUCUGCUCUACUUAAAUUUGCUCUCGUUGAAGGCCGAAGCGGCGGAGGGAAACCCGCUGACUGCGGACGAAAUUCGGGCAGCUGUUGAUACCGCAAACCAGGUUGCUGUCGAAGCGAGCAACAUGUGCAUCAGCCUCGCCACCGUCAACGUCUCGAUAUGCAAGUCCAACGUCGACGACUUGCAGCGGGGAUUGGAAGGCUUGAAAUUGUUCGACGUCGUUCCCGGCGGUAUUCCUCACUACUUGAAACGUCUGAGAACACUGUACAUCCAGAAGAGGAUCUCCGAAGACCCGAUCGAGUGGUUCAGCUACCCUGUCAGGCCAAACCUCUUCUACAAUCUCAACGUCAUCCAAUUUAGGAGCGAGUGGUCGUUGACGGCAAGGGCCGACUGCGAUUCGUUUUUGUUGUUGGACGAGAUAGGGACUAUAAUUGAUAAUGUCAAUAGUCAAAUUGAUGACCUGCUUGCUCUGGACAGGAUUGAGCCUGUCCUGACACGAUUUCAAGCGAGAGCAAAAGGAAUGCUGAUACGUGCCGCUGUGCAGGAACAGUUGUCGUUCUAUCGUUCUCACGUUGAUAGCAUAAUCAGGAUUCAGGCGUGGUACCGCGGCUGUCGCCAGAGAGCGGCGUACCAUCGCAUGCUGUACGAGUUGGAUGCCCUGCUCCCGUUCGUGGUCCGUCUGCAGUCCUACGUCCGCGGUUACAUUGCUCGGAAGAAGUUGUUCCAGAUGGUCGAGCAUUACAAGUACAACGAGCCGACCGUCAAGGCCGUGCAGAACUGCUACCGCAGAGCUCGUGCGUUGCGCGAUUACACGUCUCUCAUCCACAUGACUCCGUCGUUGCCCGUUGUCCAGAAGUUCCUCCACAUGUUGGCCGUUACGGAGCAGGAUCUUUCGGAAGAGUUGAGACUCCAGCAGCUGGAAGAAACGGUUGUCUCGACCAUUCGUAGAAACCAGGCACUGGAGAGGGAGGUGGAGCAGAUGGACCUCAAAAUUGGGCUCCUGGUCCGCAACUGCCUGUCGCUGGAAGAAGUCACAAAUUCGAGUCGCAGGCACGCGAAGCGCGAGGCCCUGCGAUUCUCGCGGGAGGAUUGGCUUGGCUGCGGAAACGGGGGGUUGACAGCGUUGAGCAGACAGUCGCACAACAGGUUGGUCGCUUAUCAACAUCUAUUCUAUCAACUCCAAGUCGAGCCUCGAUAUCUCGCCCGGCUAAUAUUUGCGGUUCCUCUCAGCAUCAGCAACAAAUUCAUCGAGUCCGUAAUCUACUCGCUCUACAAUUACGGACUGACGCCCCGCGAAGAGUGCUUGCUUCUGCGGCUUUUCAGUGCAGCCCUGCAGGAAGAGGUCAGCUCAAAGAUAUCUCGUCCUGCGGACAUGAUUACGGGACAUCCCAUGGCCAUCACCAUGGUGGUCGGAUUCUAUCGGACAAAGGGCGGCCGGGGUGAACUCGAGGAGCUCUUGGGGCCCCUCGUGCGCAGCGUCAUGAACGACCCGAACCUGAGCAUAGACCUACGGCCGGACGACAUCUACAAGGUGUGGGUGAACCACUUGGAAUCGAGCAUGGGACGCCCCUGCGGGAUGAGCUACGACGUGACGCCGGAAGAGGCCCUGCAGCACCUGGAAGUUUGCCGCAGGUUAGACGUGUCCGUACGGCAGCUGGACAAGAAGGCGCGCCAGUUUGUGGCGGCGAUCACCAGGGGAAAGGAUAAGAUUCCGUACGGCAUACGCUACGUCGCCAAAGUCUUGAAGCAGGCUCUCGAAGAGAGAUUCCCGGAGACCACGUCGUCCGAGAUAUUGAAGGUCGUGGGACACAUGCUCUACUAUCGGUACCUCAACCCGGGGAUCGUGGCGCCGGACACGUUCGGGGUGGUCGAAUUCGACCCGCAGGUGCCGUUCUCUGUGACGCUGCGACGGAACUUGGGCACGAUAGCGAACCUCCUGCAAUUUGCGGCAACCGCGACGCCGUUUGGGAAGAAGUUUCCGUACCUGGCGCGACUCACGGCGUUGGCGAAGUCUUUUCAGGAGCCGUUCCAGCGAUUUUUUCUGGAGGCCUGCAUGGUCCCCGAACCGGAAGAGGAAUUUGGGAUCGAUACCUACUCGGAAGUGACGCAACUGACGCCCCCUACGACGACGCUGACCGUUCAGGAACUGCGUGACACUCACCAGCUCCUGGUGGAGUAUGAAGAUGUUGUUGCGCCCGACAAGAGCGAUAUCCUGCACGAGAUAUUGAAAGAUGUUGGACCGGUGCCAACCAUACAAGAACUUGUCGGUCCUGGUUGCGACAUCAUGGAAGCCAAGACGGAGAUCUGCCUCUCCCUCACCAGCAAAUUUUGUGAAGUCAGCGGCGGAGAGGUCGUCGAGCAAGAGGCGGACAGGGUCUUUGUCGAAACAAAACAGAUGAUGGUGGAGCUAUUUCACUUCUUUCCCAAGCCGACGACAGUGCGCGACAUGCUGCACGGCCAACACGAUGACGACGUGCGUCGGAGGUUUGCAGAAGCCCAAGAGUCGAAGGUCCUCUGGCACGGAGCUUCCACAGCCAGUCUCGCAAAGAAGAGGAACGAAUCGUUCGACGCGUUCCGCAGGGCUGCGCUCCGGAACUUGCAGGUCUUGGAAGCGCGGGGUUUGGUGUCUGCAGACGACGACUACCAGGAAAUGCUAAACGCCAUUGCGCGCGACAUCCUACAAAAGCGCAACCAUAGGAUCGGCCGAGAGUCUGAGAUGGAGUCCCUAAACCGAACGCGUGCCAAAUUGGAAGCAAAGACCCAUUAUUAUGAGGAGAAGCUUGACUACUACCAGCGUUACAUACAGGCAUGCCUUUCCAACUUGGCUGCUGGUGGCGGCAAACGACGCCGGCAAUCCCUAGAGGGACCACGGGUGGUCUCACGACCUGCAGGAGACGAAUUGCCUCCUGUGUUACCGUCCAAGACCGUCUACAAGUGCAGUGCGACGCGUCUGCAGGAAAAAGGAAUUUUGUUAGAAGUCACCGGCACGACGCAAGCCCAGCUGAAGACGGUCUCUUUCGAAAUCGUUCCUCGCGAACAGCCCGGCCUCUUCACCAUUCGCGGCAAACUGAAGGGCUUCAACGCGGACGAGGUCACCAUCGACAUCCAGGACCUGCUCCAGAAGCAAUACGAAGGGGUUGCUGUGAUGAACCUGUUUGGGAAAGCCACAAUCAACAUCAACCUUUUGCUGUUCCUGCUAAAUAAGAAGUUUUACGGAAAAUAGUAUCUAGUCCUAGAAAAUACACCCCAUCGGACAAAUGUUUGUAUGUUGUUAAUUUUAUUAGAAAGUUUAUAUUUCAGAUUAUGCUGUGCCUUAUUUAGUGUAUUUUAUCACAGUUUUUACCUGCUGGUACAGAACCUUGAUAACCUGUGGGUAGUGCAGCAACAGGGAGAUAAUAAAUAUUUAUUUAACGUUUGUUUACAAAUAUAUAUUUUAUUGAGCGCAUUGAUGA